AUGCUAUCAACAUGGCAGACAUUAGAGUUGAAAGUAAACUUUGAUCGCAACACUGCAUUUGAUCGUAAUAUUCCAUUUGGUCGUAGUAUUCCAUUUGGUCGUAAUAUAGCAUUUGAUCGUAAUAUUCCAUUUGAUCGUAAUAUUCCAUUUGAUCGUAAUAUUCCAUUUGGUCGUAGUAUUCCAUUUGGUCGUAAUAUAGCAUUUGAUCGUAAUAUUCCAUUUGGUCGUAGUAUUCCAUUUGGUCGUAAUAUAGCAUUUGAUCGUAAUAUUCCAUUUGGUCGUAAUAUAGCAUUUGAUCGUAGUAUUCCAUUUUAUCGUAAUAUAGCAUUUGAUCGUAAUAUUCCAUUUGAUCGUAAUAUUCCAUUUGGUCGUAAUAUAGCAUUUGAUCGUAAUAUUCCAUUUGGUCGUAAUAUAGCAUUUGAUCGUAAUAUUCCAUUUGGUCGUAGUAUUCCAUUUGGUCGUAAUAUAGCAUUUGAUCGUAAUAUUCCAUUUGAUCGUAGUAUUCCAUUUGGUCGUAAUAUAGCAUUUGAUCGUAGUAUUCCAUUUGGUCGUAAUAUAGCAUUUGAUUGUAAUAUUCCAUUUGAUCGUAAUAUAGCAUUUGAUCGUAGUAUUCCAUUUGGUCGUAAUAUAGCAUUUCAUCGUAAUAUUCCAUUUGAUCGUAAUAUUCCAUUUGGUCGUAAUAUAGCAUUUGAUCGUAGUAUUCCAUUUGGUCGUAAUAUAGCAUUUGAUCGUAAUAUUCCAUUUGGUCGUAAUAUAGCAUUUGAUCGUAAUAUUCCAUUUGGUCGUAGUAUUCCAUUUGGUCGUAAUAUAGCAUUUGAUCGUAAUAUUCCAUUUGAUCGUAGUAUUCCAUUUGGUCCAUUUGAUCGUAGUAUUCCAUUUGGUCGUAAUAUAGCAUUUCAUCGUAAUAUUUCAUUUGAUCGUAAUACUGCAAUUGAUCGCAAUGAUGUAACUGAUCGUAAUAUUCCAUUUGAUCGUAAUAUUCCAAUUGGUCGUAAUAUAGCAUUUGAUCGUAAUAUUCCAUUUGGUCGUAAUACUGCAUUUGAUCGCGACGCUGUAAUAGAUCGUAAUAUUCCAUUUGAUCGUAAUACUGCAUUUGAUCGCGACGCUGUAAUUGAUCGUAAUAUUCCAUUUGAUCGUAAUACUGCAUUUGAUCGCGACGCUGUAAUAGAUCGUAAUAUUCCAUUUGGUCGUAAUACUGCAUUUGAUCGCGACGCUGUAAUAGAUCGUAAUAUUCCAUUUGGUCGUAAUACUGCAUUUGAUCGCGACGCUGUAAUAGAUCGUAAUAUUCCAUUUGGUCGUAAUACUGCAUUUGAUCGCGACGCUGUAAUUGAUCGUAAUAUUCCAUUUGAUCGUAAUAUUCCAUUUGAUCGUAACAUUCCAUUUGAUCGUAAUAUAGCAUUUGGCCAUAAUAUAGCAUUUGAUCGUAAUAUUCCAUUUGAUCGUAAUAUUCCAUUUGGUCGUAAUACUGCAAUUGAUCGCAACGCUGUAAUUGAUCGUAAUAUUCCAUUUGGUCGUAAUACUGCAUUUGAUCGCAACGCUGUAAUUGAUCGUAAUAUUCCAUUUGGUCGUAAUACUGCAUUUGAUCGCAACGCUGUAAUUGAUCGUAAUAUUCCAUUUGGUCGUAAUAUAGCAUUUGAUCGUAAUAUUCGAUUUGGUCGUAAUAUAGCAUUUGAUCGUAAUAUCUCAUUUGAUCGUAAUACUGCAAUUGAUCGCAAUGAUGUAAUUGAUCGUAAUAUUCCAUUUGAUCGUAAUAUUCCAAUUGGUCGUAAUAUAGCAUUUGAUCGUAAUAUUCCAUUUGAUCGUAAUAUUCCAUUUGAUCGUAAUAUUCCAUUUGGUCGUAAUACUGCAUUUGAUCGCAACGCUGUAAUUGAUCGUAAUACUGCAUUUGAUCGCGACGCUGUAAUUGAUCGUAAUAUUCCAUUUGAUCGUAAUAUUCCAUUUGGUCGUAAUGUAGCAUUUGAUCGUAAUAUUCCAUUUGAUCGUAAUAUAGCAUUUGGCCAUAAUACAGCAUUUGAUCGUAAUAUUCCAUUUGAUCGUAAUAUUCCAUUUGGUCGUAAUACUGCAAUUGAUCGCAACGCUGUAAUUGAUCGUAAUACUGCAUUUGAUCGCGACGCUGUAAUUUAUCGUAAUAUUCCAUUUGGUCGUAAUAUAGCAUUUGGUCGUAAUAUAGCAUUUGAUUGUAAUAUUCCAUUUGAUCGUGAUAUUUCAUUUGAUCGUAAUACUGCAAUUGAUCGCAACGAUGUAAUUGAUCGUAAUAUUCCAUUUGAUCGUAAUAUUCCAUUUGGUCGUAAUAUAGCAUUUGAUCGUAAUAUUCCAUUUGAUCGUAAUAUAGCAUUUGGUCGUAAUAUUUCGUUUGAUCCAUUUGGUCGUAAUAUUUCGUUUGAUCGUAAUAUUCCAAUUGGUCGUAAUAUAGCAUUUGAUCGUAAUAUUCCAUUUGAUCGUAAUAUUCCAUUUGGUCGUAAUAUAGCAUUUGAUCGUAAUAUUCCAUUUGGUCGUAAUACUGCAUUUGAUCGCGACGCUGUAAUAGAUCGUAAUAUUCCAUUUGAUCGUAAUAUAGCAUUUGGCCAUAAUAUAGCAUUUGAUUGUAAUAUUCCAUUUGAUCGUGAUAUAGCAUUUGAUCGUAAUAUUUCAUUUGAUCGUAAUACUGCAAUUGAUCGCAAUGAUGUAAUUGAUCGUAAUAUUCCAUUUGAUCGUAAUAUUCCAUUCGGUCGUAAUAUAGCAUUUGAUCGUAAUAUUUCAUUUGAUCGUAAUACUGCAAUUGAUCACAACGAUGUAAUUGAUCGUAAUAUUCCACUUGAUCGUAAUAUUCCAUUUGCAUUUGAUCGUAAUAUUUCAUUUGAUCGUAAUACUGCAAUUGAUCGCAAUGAUGUAAUUGAUCGUAAUAUUCCAUUUGAUUGUAAUAUUCCAUUUGGUCGUAAUAUAGCAUUUGAUCGUAAUAUUUCAUUUGAUCGUAAUGCUGCGAUUGAUCGCAACGAUGUAAUUGAUCGUAAUAUUCCAUUUGAUCGUAAUAUUCCAUUUGAUCGUAAUAUUCCAUUUGAUCGUAAUAUAGCAUUUGGUCGUAAUAUUUCGUUUGAUCGUAAUACUGCAAUUGAUCGCAACGCUGUAAUUGAUCGUCAUAUUCCAUUUGAUCGCAACGCUGUAAUUGAUCGUAAUAUUCCAUUUGAUCGCAACGCUGUAAUUGAUCGUAAUAUUCCAUUUGAUCGCAACGCUGUAAUUGAUCGUAAUAUUCCAUUUGAUCGCAACGCUGUAAUUGAUCGUAAUAUUCCAUUUGGUCGUAGUAUUCCAUUUGGUCGUAAUAUAGCAUUUGAUCGUAAUAUUCCAUUUGGUCGUAGUAUUCCAUUUGGUCGUAAUAUAGCAUUUGAUCGUAAUAUUCCAUUUGGUCGUAAUAUAGCAUUUGAUCGUAAUAUUCCAUUUGGUCGUAGUAUUCCAUUUGGUCGUAAUAUAGCAUUUGAUCGUAAUAUUCCAUUUGGUCGUAAUAUAGCAUUUGAUCGUAGUAUUCCAUUUGGUCGUAAUAUAGCAUUUGAUCGUAAUAUUCCAUUUGGUCGUAAUAUAGCAUUUGAUCGUAAUAUUCCAUUUGGUCGUAAUAUAGCAUUUGAUCGUAAUAUUCCAUUUGAUCGUAGUAUUCCAUUUGGUCGUAAUAUAGCAUUUGAUUGUAAUAUUCCAUUUGAUCGUAAUAUAGCAUUUGAUCGUAGUAUUCCAUUUGAUCGUAAUAUAGCAUUUGAUCGUAGUAUUCCAUUUGGUCGUAAUAUAGCAUUUGAUCGUAAUAUUUCAUUUGAUCGUAAUACUGCAAUUGAUCACAACGAUGUAAUUGAUCGUAAUAUUCCACUUGAUCGUAAUAUUCCAUUUGAUCGUAAUAUUCCAAUUGGUCGUAAUAUAGCAUUUGAUCGUAAUAUUCCAUUUGAUCGUAAUAUUCCAUUUGAUCGUAAUAUUCCAUUUGAUCGUAAUAUAGCAUUUGGUCGUAAUAUUCCAUUUGGUCGUAAUACUGCGUUUGAUCGCAACGCUGUAAUUGAUCGUAAUAUUCCACUUGAUCGCAACGCUGUAAUUGAUCGUAAUAUUCCAUUUGAUCGCAACGCUGUAAUUGAUCGUAAUAUUCCAUUUGAUCGCAACGCUGUAAUUGGUCGUAAUAUUCCAUUUGAUCGCAACGCUGUAAUUGAUCGUAAUAUUCCAUUUGGUCGUAAUACUGCGUUUGGUCGCAACACCGCAUUUGGUCGUAAUAUUGCAUUUGGUCGCAACAUUGCAUUUGCCGCAACACCGCAUUUGGUCGUAAUAUUGCAUUUGGUCGCAACAUUGCAUUUGGCCGCAACACCGCAUUUGGUCGUAAUAUUGCAUUUGGUCGCAACAUUGCAUUUGGCCGCAACACCGCAUUUGGUCGUUAUAUUGCAUUUUUUUCGCAACAUUGCAUUUGAUCCAUUCGAUCGCAACAUGCAGAAAUUGAGAAAGGGAAUCGAUCAAUUUGAUAAUGUCGUCGAAAUUUGUGCGUUGCGUUGUCGUACUAUAGUGCCAGUGGUUAGUCAGGAAGCAGUGGUGUGUUGCUAUUGCUGGGAUACAUUUUUGGAAAAAGUUUUAGCAAAUUUGGAUCGAUCUGGCAAUGUUAAUUCUCGUUGUCCUGCAUAUAUUGUUCCUGUGGAAUAUUUCUAUCAAGCGCAGUUUGCUGAAUAUAUGAACUACUGCGCAGAGAAAACUGAAACUCGAGUUUUGAUGCAGCCAGAAUCAAUUCAUAAACGACAGUUGAAUUGCCACAUCCUUUAUUGUCAAAUACAUGCUUACAGAACUAUCACUAUUAGCUGGCUGGAAAUACAAGUUCGAAAAUUAACUGUCUGUGAAUCGAGGCUUAUUAAUGAAGGAGUUUGGAUGGAUCAAGAUUUGUCAUUAAUCUUCCCCACUAAUUCUAUGUGA